AUGGUGGAAUUUGGAUUGAAAUUAGAGGACAAUAAAGUUGCAGAGUGGUCCAAUCAUUAUCUGGAUUACGGGAAGUUAAAGGCCAUAUUGAAAAAGGCAAAGACUGCCAAACAAAGUCAUGAAGACUAUCUGAAACGACAAGGAGAGAAGAAGGGGGGAUUCUUUGGUUCACCCCAUUCUUCAUCAGCGGAUCUUCAAAGUCAAGGAGUUGUAAACGAAACCACAAAUCUGAUUGUUUCACCUGACAAGCAAAUCCUGUCGCCCCUGGGGUCCCAAGUCGAUCUAUCUGAUCCUAACGCAGUUCAAGAAGCGGUGCAAAAGCAAAAAUCUUCUUCUAAUCUGAGCCUUACUAGGCUCUCAGGUUACUUCAAUCGGGGCGAGAAAUCCUACACUGACAAAAUUGAAAAGCUAUCAAAGGAAUUCGAAGAGUUGCUUCGUGCGGAGCGCGUCAAGACUGUUGACUUUUAUAAUACAAAGUUAGCAGAACUGGAGAGUCGGCUAGAGAUAUUGGUCCAAAGUGUCGCGCAAUCCUCAACUCUUGCCCCAACCUUUGUGCAAGAUGAUGAGGGAGAUAAGACUGAACAUUCUACAAUUGGUACAAGCCCAAGAGUCCGACAACACGUCAAACAGCCCAGCCUCACGAGAGGCCGCUUUGCUUCCGUUGUCAAUAUUGUAUCUAAAAAGCUUCGGAGAGAAAAGCAAAUCUUCGACGCGUUGCAAAAAGGAGACACGGAUAUGGCACUGAAAAUUGAACUCUUGUCAAUUGAUGAUGACGACGACGAGGACGAGAAUCGGGUUGAAAAUGAAAAGGUGCUUGCUGAAGGCAACUCUAUCAAACGAGCAUUGACUGAUCACUACAGAACUACAAUGCUCCUAAAAAACUUUGCCAUUAUGAACUACACUGGGUUCGUCAAGAUUGUGAAGAAGCACGACAAAACUCUUUCACAGAACAAGGGCAAAUUCAAGAGCUUCCUCAAGGCUGAGGACCUUUUCGAUGAAGGUAAAGAAGUUGACGAGCUUUCGCUGAGAGUUGUCCGCUAUUAUGCCAAUUGGUUUUGCGAAGGAAAUAUUCGCGAAGCCACUACCGAGAUGCUCCCGAAAAAGGGUGACGGCUUGGAAAUGGACUGGUCCCAAUUAAGGCUCGGCUACCGAAUGGGCAUGUCUGCUGUACUUGCGCUCUGGGUUUGUUGGGAUUGUAUUUGGGGACUAGUCAAUGAGGGAAACACAACCAUUGGUGGCCGGGCCGCCUUUCCUGUGUUUCGCGCAUGUGGUGGUCUUUUGCUACUGCAAUGGUUCUGGGGAUGCAGUGUGUUCAUCUGGGGCCGGUAUCGGGUGAACUACAUCUACUUGUUUGAUUUGGACCCUAGGACUGUAUCGAGUGCAAUGUCUAUAUUUGAAGAUGCUGUUGAAAACACGCUUGUAUUUCUACUUGUGAUGCUGCUCUACUACAAGGCUGGCGCCAGUGACAUUCCACAAUGGAUACCUACUGGAUGGUUUCCAAUGUCCCUUGUGCUAUAUACCGUUUAUCAGCUGAUAUUUCCCCUCAAGACUCGCAUACCCAUGUGGGGAGCAAUCUGGAAGGUUGUCACUGCGCCUUUGAACUCGCCCUCCUUCUUCCAUGGCUACAUCGGUGACAUCUUCACUAGUAUGGUUAAAGUCUUUCAGGAUGUUGCCUGGACUAUAUGCUGGGUGUGCUCUGGACAGUUCUCUUCUUACGAAACCUUGAGAGAUAAAGCAACUUUCCCUUGGGAAACUGCGCACUGGUACAAGAAUUUCUUGAUACCAAUCGUAUGUCUUUUCCCAUUGCUGAUUCGCUUUAAUCAGUGUCUUCGACGUUACAUUGACACUGGAGACCGAGUCCCGCACUUGCCCAAUGCCGCCAAAUAUGCUUUGUCCCAGACGGUAACCUUGUUUGGGGCGUUCCACCCACUUUAUAUGGAGCUCGACGCCGCCAAAGCCCAAUCACAGAGUGGUCUUCAUGGAGUGGAUCUCUUUCAGGUUUUCUGGUUGCUAAUUUUUCUCACUUCUUCACUAUACUCCUUUACAUGGGACGUCUUUAUGGAUUGGGGCUUAGGACGAAAGAAAUAUGGAUAUCUUGGAGCAACCUUGAUGUACCCAAAAAGAAGCUACUAUUUUACAGUCAUCGCCUUUGAUCUUGUGCUUCGAUUUAUGUGGGUUUUGACGCUCCUUCCACCUUCUUCUGGAGCUAAAUUUGAGGUUCCAAGCUACCUCUCUGCAGUAACAAUGAUGUUGGAAUUAUUCCGAAGAACUAUUUGGGGAUUCUUGCGACUGGAAAACGAGCACCGUAGCAAUGCAGCUGGAUUCCGACGAGUGUCAUUUGUUCCGCUUCACUUCAAUACAGGACACGGCCACAAUUAUUCUCAUAAGGAACGCGGCGGCCAAUCAGUGCUCAAAGAAGUGGUCUUAGUUUCCAUUGUGGUCCUUGGAAUCUGUGUUUCUAGCAUCAUUGCUGCUCAGAAUGCCAAUUCUCGGCAAAACAAGUGGGCACCGUCUGACAAUAACGAAUUCUAG